UUCAUACUUUUGGGAUGAUAAUUAUAAUAAUAAAAGUGGUAAUGUCUGACUAAUUGCGAACUAUGUCUACUGGCUGACCUGUAACCAUUUAUCUACUACAUUGAAUCACAAUCAGACAAAAUUCAAACUUGAAAUUAAAGCUUUGAUUGAAUCGAACAUUGUAAGAUAUUUUUGAGGUUACUUUGAGUUUCGAUAGCUGCUAAAAAAUGUUAUCAAAAAAAUAAUUUCAUAUUAAAAAGAGAAAGUCAACCAAAAUACCAGCAUUGGAAUAAUUAGAUGUAAUCAUCAAAUAUGCAUAAAAUUAUGCUACUUUGAAGUAUAUGCGUACACGCAGGCAUUGGUUUUGUGGCUAAUUCUGACCACAAAGCAAUGAUGGAUAAUAACUACAAAGUCUUCCAAGAAGUCAGGGAGGUGUGGUUUGGCAAUGCUCCUGUCGUGUGCAGGGUGCAAGAAACCAAUAAUGGACAAAUUUUUUCUUAAUGUUUUGGAGCGAGCGUGGCAUGGUGACUGCGUAAGAUGCUUCGAUUGUGGAACCGAGCUUCAGGAAAAGUGUUUUUCCCGUGAAUCCAAAUUAUUUUGUCGGAAUGAUUUCUACAGGAGAUAUGGAACAAAGUGCAGUGGAUGUCUUCAAGGCAUAAGCCCCCAAGACCUUGUGAGAAAAGCAAGAGAUAAAGUUUUUCAUCUAAACUGCUUCACCUGCCUUGUUUGUCGAAGGCAGCUGAGCACUGGCGAGGAGCUCUAUGUCCUGGACGACAACAAGUUUGUCUGCAAGCAAGACUACUUGUCGGGAAAGCCCCUGCCGGACGCCCGUCACGCUCAUAGUCAUCAUGAAUCGCCGAUUUUGCCCGCAGGUGGUGACUCCCUGAUGGGUUCAGGCUCGGAAGACGAGGACGAAGAUGGAAGUAAUCACCUCCAUCAUCACGAAGGAUUGGGUGGGUCACAUCUUGGACCGCAUAGUUUAGGUCCGGGAAGUACGGGUGAACAGAGUGUCGGGCAUGUCAGUGACCUACCUCUUGGGAGUGAUUCCUGCAAGCAAGAAGACUCUGAGGAUCUAGGUUCCCUAGAUGGUGAUCCUGAAACUAGAGAUAGUCAAACAGAAAACAAAAGUCCUGACGGUGGUGCUGGUGGAGGCAGCGGCGAUGGUGGCGCGGGAUCGAAGCGACGGGGGCCAAGAACUACAAUAAAAGCUAAACAAUUAGAAAUAUUGAAAACGGCGUUUUCUGCAACGCCAAAACCGACCCGGCAUAUAAGGGAACAACUUGCGAAAGAAACUAGUUUACCUAUGCGAGUGAUACAGGUAUGGUUUCAAAACAAGAGGAGUAAAGAACGGAGGUUGAAACAACUCACGACAAUGGGAAGGAGUCCGUUUUUCAAUGGUUCUAGAAAAAUGCGCGGAUUCCCAUUGAACCUGAACCAUGGAGCUUUGGGAGGAGACGAUGGUCCACCACCAGGAUUCUCGUAUUUUCCAACUGAUAAAUUUGACUUUGGAUAUGGGGGUCCUGUUCCGUUUCAUCAUGAGUUCUUUGGAGCACAUGGGCCUCCGCAUCCGCAUGGGCCGCCGUUUGCUGGUCCAGGUAAUCCCAUUCCCAACCUGUUUGUGACAGGUCUCGACCCUGCCAGUAUAGGGGGGAUGGCGGCAGCGGCUGUUACGGGGGAGUAUCCACCACCGGGCGCCGCGGGAGGCCCCCCGGAAUUUCUCACGGGACCUCCGGGCCAAGGACCUCAACCACCGUCGGGCGGCAGUCCCGGAGAGUUCCUAGCACCUACAGGUGGCGGGCAAGGUAAUCCUGGUGGAGGUGGUAAUUGUGGCGGUCCCGGUGGUGGAGGAGGCGGUGGCGGUGGCUUUCCUGAACAGCAGCACCAGAUGCAAAGCGAAGGCCUCGUCUGGUAGAACAAGUUUAUGUUUAAUUAAUUUUAUCCACCGUAACAUCCAUUCGGACUCGAUUGUGCGGUAUCGAUUGUGAGCUGAAUCUAAAUUUAACAGUAUAUUGCUAAAUAUUACAAUACAAUAGUAUAAAUAUAAACAAAUAUAGUUAAAACAAAUUGAUUUAAUAAAUUUGUAAUAUCAAAGAAUAUACUAGUAAAUGAUAAUGAUUAUGAUCGAGUCUGAUGGUCAAUAACUGACAAUUUAAUUCCAGUUAUAGAAGGAAAUCGCAUAGCGAUUAGUUUUUUUUUGUUUUGUAAAAACGAUUAUUACAAAUUCAACUAUUAGUUUAAUUAUUA